GUUACACGGAGGACUUCAUCUGUUACCUUAGACUCUGUUACCAAGGGACAGAAGAGGAGAUACUUGAAGGCAGUUAGAAAGUUUUAUUUUACAGAUUCUUAGUCCAAAGAUUUCCAAUUAGAAGCAGCAGCUGAAAAGGAGAAAGAAGCAAGUAAGCGUGAUGAAGCUGCUUGCAUCCUGGCAUUCUGACCUUUAACCUGGUGAGAAACACCGUCACUGGUGAAACUGCCUAUACAGCUGGGAUCUGUCCUUUCAGCUUCCACAAUAAAUGCAGUCAAAGGGGCAGUCACUUCUCAUCGGUCACAAACGGUCUUGUUUUUGAACCUCACCCUCACAGAAGCCAUUUUUCAUCAUGCCAAACCAACAGAAGAAAGUCAUUUUUUGCAUGGCUGGGGUGUUAAGCUUCUUGUGUGCCCUCGGAGUUGUGACAGCCCUGGGGACCCCUCUGUGGAUCAAAGCCACCUUCCUCUGCAAAACUGGGGCUCUUCUCGUCAACGCUUCAGGACAGGAGCUGGACAAGUUCAUGGGCGAGAUGCAGUACGGGCUUUUCCAUGGAGAAGGCGUGAGGCAGUGCGGGUUGGGAGCCAGGCCUUUUCGGUUCUCAUUUUUCCCAGAUUUGCUCAAAGCAAUCCCAGUGAGUAUCCACGUCAAUGUCAUUCUCUUCUCCACAAUCCUUAUCGUUUUAACGCUGGUGGGGACAGCCUUCUUCAUGUACAAUGCUUUCGGCAAGCCCUUUGAGACACUGCACGGUCCACUGGGGUUGUAUCUUUUGAGCUUCAUUUCAGGCUCCUGUGGCUGUCUUGUCAUGAUAUUGUUUGCUUCUGAAGUGAAAAUACACCACCUCUCAGAAAAGAUCGCAAAUUAUAAAGAAGGGACGUAUGCCUACAAAACGCAAAGUGAAAAAUACACCACCUCAUUCUGGGUGGUAUUCAUUUGCUUUUUUGUUCAUUUUUUGAAUGGGCUUCUAAUACGACUUGCUGGAUUUCAGUUCCCUUUUGCAAAAUCUAAAGACACACAGACAACUAAUGUAGCUGCAGAUCUAAUGUACUGAAAGACAUACAUUUUGGUAGUUUUCACCGCAAGGGGUGGACUGGCUUUGGUCAUUUGGAUAUGGUUAAUUCUGUCCAUCCUUUUAGACACACAAAUGAAAGCACCAAAUCCUCGGUGAUAAUGUUACAAACUGUAUACUAAGGAUACAGGCUGGAAAGUAAGAGGAGCAGAAAGAAAAAUUUGGAAAGUUAUUUAACCUGGUGGGAAAAUGCUUCACCUGGGUUGUCAAGACAGUUGACUAGAAUGGACAAAUUGCUACUCCACAUCCACACCAGAGUGCAAAAAUGCCCGCUCCAUCAGAGAGGAAUUGAAAGGCAUGGGGAAUAUAUUUUACUGCAAACAAACACUAUUUCUGAUAUAGCCAUACAUUUGUUGCCACAGGCACCAGCAAACAGACUUGAAACUGCUUUCCUAAAAUGAUACUGCAUUAAAUGAGCAUUGACAAAAAUAUAUCAACACGCUUUUUUAAAAAGUCAUUUAAAGUACAAUCUUACUAUCCAGACCCGUUGAUGAAAAUCUGUAAAACUCUAAAAGGAAAAAAGAAGAAACACAGUACUUUCAACAGACAUGAUUGCUGGGACUUCUGAGGAAUCGUGAAAAAUGAUCCUUCCCGGUAAACUUGAUACAAAAUGAUUCGGUGGGGCUGUUGCCUCUAACCUUAGUGCCUUCAAGCACUAAUUCCCAAUUAUGAUAAUUAUAUGACAUUCUGGGAUUACGAUAGUAUCACUGUGUCAUCUUGAUUUUUGGUCUGUCACAGAGCAUGACCCAAGGUGAUUUUUUUCCCCCAAAUUACCCAUGAAAUUGUUCUGCAGCUGACCAAACAAAGGCCACACUGAGCCUGGAACCGACCCCUCCUCUGUCCUCCACCCGCUGCCCGCCAAAAAAACACUCAGGAAGAGGCAGAGAAAGACAAAGAACAAACCGCCAGGCCCCUCAUCACAGCUGCUUGGUACUCAGCCCCUAUCCAAGAAGUUUUGAAAGUGCUCAUUUAAAAAAAAAAAAAAAAAACCUACUUCUUCCUUUUUGGAAUAAUUGACAAGAUACAAACAACUGUUUGUAUACCCAAAAAACAGCUUGCUCUGAUGGUAAUCUGCAGUCCAGAGGCUGACAUCAGAUCACACACUGCCUUUCCAGAUGUUAGCCUCUCUACCUUUAUUAGGAAAUACACCUGGAGAAUUUCUGGAAGCCCACAAGUCAGUCUAGUGAUUUAAUAAAGAGCUGGUGGAGUCCAGUGAUGUAAGUCUUUGUGAAACAGUUAAACAAGGAAGCAUCUCAUGGUCCCACCUGCUCCCUCACAUUGGAAUGGGCAGGAAACACUUUAGGAAUGAUCAGGCCACCAGGGUAAUUGGCUUGAGAUCCCAGAAGGCCCCCACAGUCUCAUCUGAGUCCUUCCCCUCUGUCUCUGUCUCAGAAUUUUAAAAAGCUUCUAACACCAAGCUUUCAUCUUUAGAAAACACCUCACUGGUUGUUCUCUGUUCUGUAAACAGAGAAAACUCAGAGCAGCGGCUGAAAAUCUGGCCACAGCCUAACAGGCCAACUAACGAUGUUCCCUGAUGGGAAGCAAAGGCAGGGCUGCUGGUCCCUGCGAACUGGGUCACACACAGAAAUAACGAGAUACAACCUGGGCCCACGGUGGACAGCACUUAAGCUGCCUCCCCCGCUUCUCUCAGAUGAAAAGUUUGUCUCACGUGGACUGCGAGUAACCUUGACAAGACGGAUGAGAUAGGGCCGUUCUCUGUGCCUCUCUCUCUCUCUCUCUGAGGAUCGGAGGCCCCGGGAUGACUAUCAUCUUCAUGAUGGUGCUGUGUCCGAUCUCCUGCCCCAGGUGGCAGCUGCGAUCUCACUUUCUUACGGGGACGCGGGGCCCCCUGGUGGCUCUGGGGCGGUAAACACAGUGCCACGGUCGGGAGCGCCUUUCCGGUUUCCUUCCGCACCCUCGGUGGGAACCUCAGCGGUCACUCUGCUGCGGAAGAGAAGAGGAGGAAUCUGCCAAAGCCGGCUCCUUCGGGGCACAGCCAGCAGUGGACGGGCACUGGAGCAGGAGGAGGCUUCAUCACUGACCACGUGCAGACGGGGUGGGGGGCGCUUUCCCUCUGUGCGCACUUUGCAGUUUACAAAGGUCUUUUACUCUCAGGGUCCCACCUGCUCCUUCAAAGGAGCUGCCCUCAGGUCACUUUACCAGCAUUCAAGACGGAGCAGUUUGGCUGGCGGCUCACACAUCACACAAUCCUAGGGCAAUUCCUAUCCUCUCCAGAGACCCAUUUACAGCGGGAAGGGGCUGCCUCUCGAAGCUCUGGUGGAAGGAGGAGGGGUCCACACUGGCAGCACCAGGGUACACCAACUAGGAUGGGCCCACACCUCCAUUAGAACAGAUAUUGGUCCCAAUCAUUCGCCUAUGGAAAUCUGCACAGGUGGUCAGGCAGAGACUCUGGGGGGAGGAGAGCAAGGAGCUUAACCUCCCAAUUUUCGUCAACCUUUCCCCUUCCAGCAAGACCCAGUACAGGUAAAACGGGUGGCUGUUUGAGAAAUGUUGCUUUAAGAUCCGUCCUGAGCCAUUGGUUCUGUCUUUCUAACUGCCUCGCUAUUUAGAUAUUAGGAACCUGUGCUAUUUGGGUGCUCAAGAUGUGAUCUGGUGGUCUGCUCAUUCUCAGCCUCCCUCUUUGUGGUUCACGGCAGUCAUUUAUGGCUCAGAGCCAAUGGCUGCUUUGGCCAAUAAGCCCCCUCCUCUAAGUAAUAAGGGAAGAGAACGCUGGUCAGUUUAGAGAAAAGGUACCUGCUCCUUGAAACUAAAGGACACAGAGAAAGACUGGGGAGGCCUGGGGUCCUGGCUUCCAGGAUGAAGUCCCCCCUCAUGGAAACAUCCUGUUGCUGAUAAAAAUGCUAAUGCAAACCCAAUGAACUUAUACUUUGAGUUACACACUUGGGGAUUCCCCGACACCUCCUUAAAAAACCAGAUACACCUGCCUUGUCACACCCAGAGCUAGGACUCACUCGCCUGUUUGGAAAUUCUAAAGGAGCCCCAGGCCAACUGGAUGACCCUGUCAGAAACCUCCCAAAAGUGUUCCUUGCAGGCCCUAGAGGACAGUCUCAAUGGUUGAAGAGACCCUGGGGAAUAGCUGUGGUGCUUGAAAGCCACCCAACAAUUAAAGGGGGCGCACAAUAUUGUAAGUCAACUCUACUUCAAUAAUAAAGAAAGGCACAAAUCUUAAA